AUGAGCGAAGUUGUGAAGCUGAUCUUAUGCGGCGACUCGGCUGUUGGCAAAUCCAAAUUGGUCGAGAGAUUUCUCAUGGACGAUUACAGCAAGCACACGUCCUCGACGUACGCCAUCACUAAGUUCACACAAGACGUAGACGUCGAUGGUCAAAAAGUGAAGGUGGAUCUGUGGGACACCGCAGGACAGGAACGUUUUAAAACGCUCCAUUCGGGCUUUUAUCACGGUGCGCACGUGGCAAUUCUAGUGUUUGACUCGACGCGCAAAAUAACGUAUCGAAACCUGCAGGACACGUGGUAUCCUGAAUUAAGAAAAUAUCGCGAGAAUAUUCCAGUUCUAGUUAUCGCAAAUAAAAUUGAUGAAAAUCAAAAAGCAACGACGAUCAAAUUUAAUUUCCCAGCCAAGCACGGGCUCUACAUGAAUUACACAUCUGCGGCUGACGGACGAAACGUAGUGAAAGUUUUCCACGACGCACUGCGCGCCGGAGUCAAAUACAAGAAAGACACUUCUUUGCACAGCUUCAGCGAAAUGAUCACACAAGAGCUCGACCAGUGGGACGAUUCCGACGAAGAUGCAAGUUAA